AUGUGCAAGGAGAAUAUGUCGGAUGUCAUCUGCAAUGGCUUGGAAGUAGGCUUCCGAACACCAGAGGAAAAUCUACCGUGGACACCACAGAUUAGUUUGGCUGCAAUGGACAGGCUGGGUGUUCAAACAACGAUUCUCUCUCCCCCUCCAGUCUCAUCCAGUGGAGCGGAACACCGCGCGGAAGUGAGAAAACAGAAUAUUUACUCAUCGCAAUUAUGCGCCACAUAUCCUGGAAGAUUCGGAUUUUUCGCUUACCUCCCCUUCCUGGAUGAUGUUCAAGGUACGUUAGAGGAGAUCGCCUUCUCCUUUGACGUUCUUGGUGCAGAUGGAGUGGCCCUGAUAUCGAGCUAUGGGAAUGGCAGUUCUGCGAAAUAUGUCGCCGACGAUUUAUAUGAUCCCAUCUGGGAGGAAUUAGACCGAAGACAUGCCGUCGUGUUUUUGCAUGGCGCUCAGACGCCUUCCUCUACUCCUUACCCUCAUCCGUGGCUUGGCGUGCCAAUUUCUGAGGUCCCCAACGAGACCGGAAAAAAGCGACGCUUUCAUAACGUGAACAUAAUCCUCACUCAUCUGGGCGGGAGCACGCCAUUUCUUGCUCCACGUGUUGCUGCCCUUUCACAUUACAUGGGCUGCCCGUUGACGCCGGACGAGAUCAUAGAAGAUUUCAAGAGCUUUUAUUUCGAGACUGCUCUUAGCGCGCACGAAACGACGCUUACCGCAAUGGCGACAUUCGUACCGUCCGACCACCUCCUCUUCGGAACUGAUUUCCCAGCCGUGAGUAUCAAGACAGUCGAGUGGUACACACAGAACUUGGAGAAUCAUUUCGCCGGAAGACCAUUGGACCUCGCUAAUACCAUGCAUGAAAAUGCUCUUAGGCUCUUUCCAAACCUAGGAAAAAGUAAAGACGUUUCCAACGGUGGACAGCAGAUCAACGACGGGCCAUAACACGCUGUAAAUUUGUGAAAGGAUGCAUUGAAGGCCGUACAAAGUGAUGAAGUAUGCAAAGGAUCAUAAAUUCGAUCUAAGGUAGCAGAAAUGUAAAUGGAUGUCUAUACACCGAGCCUUCGCUUGCUAUGUUCAUAGACAACAUAUGAUAUAGAGACUGAAGGAAUGACCUAUGACAUUGAUUAGCGUGGCAGCUACGCCGUAACUCACAAUAGUAUACCUUCGCUAAUGUCGGGAAUAG